CAUGACUGUUCAGGUGUUCCUAACAGUGUCAGUGUGUGAAAUGCAUGAUAACAUCUCAAAUAUCUCAAUAAAUUGUCACAUGUACUUUGAUAGUGUAAUUGUAAUAUAUUUUAAGUGUUUUAGCUAAGUAAGCAGCGUGGCUCUAGAGGUGGCAGUGUCAGUCAGUCCACCACUUUGGUGCAAACUGAAAUAUCUCACAAGCUACUGGAUGAGUUGUCAUUUUGUACGGCCUUGGCCCCCAGAGGAUGACUCUUACUGACUUUGGUGAUCUUCUUACCUUUCCUCUAGUGCUAUUAUAAGGUUGGUAUUUGUGGUUGGACUGAUUGCUAUGAAAUUUGGUAUGCACAGUCAUGUCCCCUUUGAGAUUAAUUAUAAUAAAUGAUUUCUUAACUUUUCCCCAGCACCAUUAUUAUGAAUUCAAAAUUUGGAUUUACUAUGAUUUAUGACCAAAUGCAUUGGUAGAACUCACACUUACCUCCCAAUACCAUGCAAGCAGCUGAAAGUCCCCAUAAAUAAAGAGCAGGCAUGUGUUUAAGCUGAGUGUUUAAGCCUUAGGAGUUGUGAUAUAAUGAUGCCCAUUGACUCUGCAUGUCUUUUAAAUAUACAGCGAGUUUUUAACCAGUUGCAGGAGCACAGGGAUCAUGAAAAUGAGUGGUUGGACAAAGAGCCUGGAUGCUUUCCAGUGAAUACAGUUUCUUGCAGCAUGUCACUGCUUUGGCUCUCAGGGGUUUACUGUGGCUCUCCCCCUGCCUUCCCUCACGCUCAUAUGCUGUGGAACAACAGCUCAAGGAUGGGCACUGAGGUGGUUUAUCAGUGUAACUCUGGAUAUCAUAAUGUUGGAAAGGGCAAUGUCUCUGUCUGUACACCUGCUGGACAAUGGGAGACACCAUCUGUGCUCUGCCAAGAGACUUUGUGUGGAAGUCCUCCUGUAAUCAAAUCCACUGACCAGGUGUGGAACGGUAGUUCAACCCCUGGCAGCACUGCACUCUAUUUCUGUAAAGAGGGCUUUAACAGUAAAGGAGGACAUAAUGUAUCCAUCUGUAAUGAAAAUGGUCAGUGGAUACCCCCAGCUCUGUCAUGCCAAGAAAUAUUAUGUGGGGAUCCGCCUAUACUGCCCCACACUGGGCAAGUGUGGAAUGGCAGCUCCACCCCUGGAAGUGCAGUGAGUUACUACUGUAAAGUAGGAUUUAAUCACGUUGAAGGACAUAAUGUGUCACUGUGCACAAUUAAUGGGUACUGGACAAAGCCAAACAUCUCAUGCAAAGAGGUUGACUGUGGUGUACCGCCACCCCUCCCUCAUUCAGUCAUGCUGUGGGAUAACAUUUCCACUAUGGGCUCUCAAGUUGUUUAUCUGUGUAAGUCUGGAUAUCGCAAUGUUGGAGAGGGAAAUAUGUCUGUUUGCGCAGCCAGUGGAAAAUGGGAUGAGGCGUCUCUGCUCUGUCAAGAAAUCAGUUGUGGAGAGCCUGGUUUUAAACCUCAUGCUAAAAUACUAUGGGGUGGCACAUCACACAGUGGCAGUGUGGUGUAUUACCACUGUGAGGAAGGAUAUCACACCAGGAGCCUGAGAAACUACUCAGUAUGUGGAGAGAAUGGACAGUGGGAGGAUAUUGAUCUAUGGUGUGAAGAAUUAAGCUGUGGUCCCCCACUAAGCCCUCCCCAUACUAACCUCCUGUGGGACCACACCAGCAGACCAGGCAGCAUGGUGUUGUAUAAGUGUAUGGAUGGAUUUUACCUGGAGAGUGGAAAUAAUAUUUCAAUAUGUUCAAUGUCAGGAGUGUGGGGGGAAGUAUCUAUAAAGUGCAGAGCUAAAUGCGGCCCAGUUCCCUUGCUUGCCAACUCAGAGGUGGUGUGGCAUAACAGAAGUGUUGUGAUCCACCGCUGUGUGAAUGGAUAUCACAGCUGGAGGGGCAGCAGCGCCUCUAUGUGUGGCAGCUCUGGUGUGUGGCAGAAAGCUACUCUGACAUGUAUAGAAAGAAAGCCACCAAUCAAUCAUUUAUUUGUCCUCAAUGAAAAAUGUGUGCAUUGGAAAGCAGAGAAGUAUGAGGAGGAUACAGAAGUUUACACGGUGACGUACAUAGGAUACAGAGACUACCAGAGGUCUUUUCAUGACAGGAGGAAGCAGUCGCUGAGCUCUAAGGCUGACCAGCUGGAAGUCUGUCUCAACCUGCUCCCAGUCACAAACUACAGCAUCUCCAUCACUGCACUGUCUGCCAAAUUCACAGCCACCCUCACCACUAACACCAGUUUGCCAGUGCCUCCAGCGCCAGUUGUUUACUACAGAGAAUUUGAGACUCCGGUACCAACUUUGAGGCUACGCAGAUCAGCCAACACACUGGACCCUAUAAGUUUGUACCAAGUGUUUGUGCUUCCUGUAGAGGGGAUUAUGGUGUUUGAUUGUUCCUCUCCUGGAAGCCCAGACCCAUCAAGCAAGAGCAAAUCAUCUUCAAAAUACAUCGCUGCCCAGAUCCACGUAACACAAGUCGGGACAGAGAUGAACUUUACUGUAGGGGAUGGACUCAGCUAUGGGGGCUUCUAUAAUGCACCACUGGAAAAUGGCAGGGACUAUUAUAUCAUCUUGCGAGCUGUCAGUCAGUGGAAAGCAGCAUUAAAAAGUUCAUGUGUCCUGUGGGCUAAAGUAAGAGGUACAUCCUAUGUUCUGAAGAUUUCAUUGCUGUCUGCUGCUGCAUCAGUAGGACUGGUUGCCUUGGUCACUUUGGGUAGAUACAGCCUUACCUGGUUUUUCAAGAAGACGUGACACUCCUUAAUGCUGAUGUUCUGUAAUUUUAUUUGCCAGCACAACAAAUUAAAUUGCAGACUGGCCUCCUA